AGCUGCUAUAAUAUGUGUCUUUGUGUAGCGAUCUAGACUUUGUCAACAAUGGCAGAAGGAGGAGAUGUGGAUUGGGAGCUCAGCAAAGAAAACAUUCAGCCGCUGAGGCGCGGCAGAGAUAUAUCGGUGUUACAUCAAGCCCUUAGCCAACGAGAAGAAGGACCCACCUCUGCAAUCAACCAGCAGAAACAGAUGUUUGAGUCUGAACUUCGAAUGUAUGAAGGAGAGGAUCCACUAAGUGUUUGGGAUAGGUAUAUUAAGUGGACAGAACAAACCUUUCCUCAGGGUGGCAAAGAAAGCAACCUUGCAACAUUGUUGGAGCGGGCUGUGACCAGAUUUACAGAUGAAAAGAUGUAUCACAAUGACCCUCGCUAUGUUGAUCUCUGGAUCAAAUUUGCAGAGAACUGCUCAGAGCCCCUCGAUAUCUACAGAUAUAUGCAAGCACAAGGAAUUGGAGUGACACAGGCGGCGCUCUACAUAGCUUGGUCAGAGGAGUACGAGAAUCAGGGCAGUUAUCGAAAAGCAGAUCUCGUCUAUCAAGAGGCAUUCAAGAAGUUUGCUGAGCCACAUGACAAGCUUCUUCAGUUUCACAAGGCUCUGCAGGCUCGUGUGUCCCGACAGGCAUUAUUAAAAUUGGAAAAUGACAGCAGUGACGAGGAGCCAAAACAACCUGAAAGAGUUUCACUAGCCGACCUCAAACAUAGAGGGAAGAAGAAGGCCAUUGCUCCUGUCAACAGGACUGGGUCGGCAAUCAGAAGUAUUGGCGGAGGCCUGCCGUCACGCGGUGCCCCAGUCCUUGGCAACGUCUCAAACAGUAAGCUGGUGAUUUUCGAUGAGAACAAAGCUGAAACUGCGAGUCCAUCAGAACCUUCGCUGGAAUCCUGGAUGGCUCCUCCCACGUCAAGGGCAAAAGAAAACGAGCAGAAGCCAGAGAAAUGGUGUGAUGUAAAGAUGCCCCAGAAAACAAAAUUUGGACAUGCAGUCAUGCCUCCACCACCUCCGAAACCCACCUUCCAACCAUUUGUUGAGGAGUCUGACCAGCCUCCAACAAUGACACCGUGCAAGAUAAACCCGACAGUGAACUCCGUUCUUUCAGCGCGGAAGCCGAGUAAAGAAGAAACUCCCCUGAAAAGACUGCAAGAGCACCAGCAGCAGCAUAAGGAGGCAGAAGAAGGAAAACUGCAGGAGCGGAGCAUGUACUGUAAAGAGCUGCUGCUCAGCGGCGCCACCGAAUUCUGCUUCGAGGAACUGCGAGCUGAACACUUCUUCAAAAAGAUGGCACAAAAGUCCCAGGAAGCCAGAGGAGGAGACGACUGUGAAGCUGCUGCCGAUCCUGCGAAGUGACACUUGCGCCUUAAAAAAUUUGGCAAAAAUUUCUCUAUCAUGUUGUAGUUGCUCAUGUAUAGUUUGUGUUCCUGUUAAUAUUGUUUUGUAUUGAAGAGGCUUUUUAAAAUACUUUUAAUUUCAAAGCAUCUCACUUAAGAUGUGUAGGGUUUGUCAAAAUCCUGCACAAGAAAAUGUAGACUAAAUAUUACGGUUAAAAGACAAACGGAAAGUCGUUUUGACGUUCAGGUGUCCUGCCUCUUGAAAACUACUACGUUUUUCUGCUUUUUUUCCCUCAUGCUCUUCUUUAUAAAUAUGGAAAUGCUCCACAAAAGUUUUUCUCUGUUCUUUAGAGCAGUGACCUUGAUAUGUGCGGAUAAUUUUUUUUGUCCAUUUCAGUAUUUCUUAAUGGUUUUAUUAGUACUUUUUUCUAUGACACUCAGUUUUAGAUUAAAAUCCCUUGUUUGAAACCUCAUGCGUAAGUUUGUGUUGCUGAAAUAGUAAAGACUCUUUGGCAGUUUAAAGC